AUGUAAGAGCCAUUUAAAGUGAGUAUUAGAGUGAAACCUUAUGAAGGAAGAUAAAGAUUUCUUACUUAGAGAAUAGGAAAAGAGACUGUACUAUUGAAAUAAUCAAUAGAUAAUAUAAGUAGAAUGUCCAACUUAGACAAUAAGAGAUCCUGAUACUUAUGAAUAAAGAUCAUUUGCAUUUGAUAAUGUGUUCAAUGAAGGAGAGAGUACACGAGAUAUUUACGAUUCAGUAAAUAAAUAUCAUGGAUUAUAUUAGUCUAUAUAAUAAAUGAUUUAUGAUUGUGUUUCAUAGGGAUAUAAUGGAACAAUUUUAGCUUAUGGGUAAACAGGUUCAGGAAAGAGUUACACUAUGUUUGGAAACUUAUAUGAUCCUUUGGUAGAGAAUGAUGGAUUAGUUUCUAUGGUUUUAGAUUAACUAUUCUAAAUGAACGUUAAAAUUAGUAUUUCCUAUUUGGAAAUUUAUAAUGAGUAAAUAAGAGACUUGAUAGGAGAUUAAGUUGGUUUAUAAUUGAAUGAAGAUCCUAUAAAAGGAGUGAUGUUGUAAGAUGUGCAAGAAUUUUAGAUUUUAACAAUAGAUUAAGCAAAAUCAAUAAUAAUUAAUGGAAAUUAAAAAAGAGUCAUGGCAGCUACUAAUGCUAAUUAAUUUUCAUCUAGAUCUCAUGCUAUUAUUUAAUUAUUUGUAGUAAAUUAACAAUAUUAAUGUAAAUUAUCACUUGUUGAUUUGGCAGGAAGUGAAAAAGCAAACGUAAAUGAAGGUAGUAAAGGAAUUAGAUAAAUGGAAGGAGCUAAUAUUAAUAAGAGUUUAUUGGCAUUAGGAAAUUGUAUUAAUAUGUUAGCAUGUGAUUAAUCUAUGAAAAAGUUUGUACCUUAUAGAGAUUCAAAAUUAACAAGACUAUUAAAAGAUUCUCUGGGAGGAAAUACUAAAACUCUUAUGAUAGGAUGUGUAUAAUAAGUAGUUUAAUGUCAUGAAGAAACUAUUAAUACUUUAAAAUAUGCAUCUAGAGCUAGAGCUAUAAAAAAAAAGAUUGUUUAAAAUAUUAAAAUCAAUGAUGUUUCAAAUUGUAAUUGUAAUUCAGAAAAUGCUAGUUUGUUAUAAGCAGAAAUUGAAGCAUUAAAGUAAGAAGUUUAAUAUUAAUGUAAUUGUUAGUAAAUAUUAUUAGGUUAAUUGACAGAAGAAGAACUUGAAAUUAGAUUGAAUUUAAAGCAAAUAGAUUAGUUACAAUUUUAAAAUAGAGAAGGAUUAGAAUAUUUAUUAUAAUAGAUUAAUUCAGAAAUGAUCGAUGAAGAUAGAUUAAAGAAUGAAAUACAAUAGUAUGAAAGAGCUAUUAAUGAAAAUGAAAGAAUCAAAUAAGAGUUGAUUUCUUAAUUAUAAUCUAAGAGAAAAGAAAGAACUGAUCCAAAAGAUGUUUAGAUAGAAAUGCUUAAAAAAGAGAUAACAUUUCUAAGAGAUUAAAUUAAAUAAAAAGAUUAGGUUAUUGAUUCAUUAAAAUAAGAGAAAGAUAAUACAAAAUAAUCUAGACCACAUACAAGUUAUUAAGAAACUGAUAGAUCAAAAAUGAAUAAAGAGAAUUCUAUUGAAAUUGAUGUUAGAAAAGAUAGUUUGUAAUAUUGUGGUUCAUCUAAAUCAAUAAAAUAACCUACAAAUCGAGAAGAAGAUUAACAUCUAUAAAAAUUAAAUAAAGCUAGAGAUAAUUAUAAAAUUUUUAGGGCUAAAAUGAUUUAACUCUAAGAAAAAAUGAAUUAUUACACAAAAAACGAAAUUUAAUUGAAUUAAAACUAAUUAAAAGAAAUUAUAGAUUUAAUGAAUGAAUUAUCAACUCAAAAUUGUCCUAUUCUUAAAUAGGAUGAAGAAAUGAUAAUUUAUUUUCAAAAAUUUAUAAAGUCUUAAACCUAGAAAUCAUAAUAAUAAAUUAAUCAAAAUAAUUAAAUAACUAUUUAGAAUAAUUAAAAUAAUUAAAUAGCUACUCCAUAAUAAAGAUCAAGGAGUGUAAACCCAAAUCCUAUUAGAGGAAAAGGAACAUCCUAACAUUAAAGAAAACCUUUAUAACCUACUAAUUAAUCACCAAUGAAUAGAUAAUUAUUCAGUAAUCACUCUAAGUAAUAUUAAUAAUUAGUUUAAAAAGGAAAAAAGGUAUUAUUUGGUUUGAUUUUAGGAAAGUUGUCCCACUCCGUAGAAUAAAUAAAAGUUCAUUUUGGAUUACGUUAAGAAAAUGGAAAAUCCCUUACCGAGGGGGAGUAACAAAUCCCCACUACAAUCAUUCAGCUCAGAUAAUUCGGAAAAGUAUUAAUUCACUAAUAUAAGACCAGAGACGAUAUUAUUAAGCGUAGUUUUGUUUAAAAAGUUCCCUUUCAAUCAAUUCAAUGA